GUUAAACUUUGAAGCGCGUCACAUCGCCGCGUCCGCGGUCGUUGAACAAGUCGUCCGUAGAAUCGACUUUCGGGUUCUCGGUGAAUCUAGAACACACACACACACACAGACAGUGCUACCAGCAAGGGACUGGAGUACAGGACCUACCCUUAGGUCGCGUGUGUAGACUCAAGCAAGGACGUCGUCGUCGUCGUCGUACGAGAGGGUGUGUGUGUUUGUCUGUGUGCAUUCGCCAGGAUAAACAAAUAGAAAGCUGUUAGGGGGGAAAGUUCUAAUAAAUUUAGCUCACCUGGUGGGGAUCGACAAUACCUUGGUGGUGGUGGUGGUGGUGGUGAUACAAAAGUGGUGUUAUGUUUUGCUUUCGUUUUCUUUUCUGGCUCGGUCACUCUCGAAGCUAAUCGAUUAGUGAGUGAGCUUGCAACGAAAAAGGAGUUACGACAACCCUUACUACACCCGGUGCCGGGAUAACUGGAUUACUUGCGGUCCAGUAAACCACAAAAGGAGUGGGGCAGCACUAGGAGAAGCGUUGAAAAACGACGGAAUUGUUUGGCGGUGAAAAACGAGUGUGGGGGUUUCACACACUCAACAGCUCAAGGAUCGUGCAAUCGAAUUUGUGUGAAAUUGAUUCCCGGUGAAAAGAGGAAAAAUGAAAAAAUAAACCAACGAAUAAUUGGAUUGAUUAAUGCGUUUCUCAUUGGAUAUCGAAAGCGCGCAACCUCACAAAAAAAUUAAACAAAAUAUAAAUCAAUUGGAUUUCGGUGAAAGUGCACGUUCAUCACGGAGGAAAAACAACAACAACAAAAAUAUUCAAUUGACAUGUUUGUCUUGGCGGGCAAGGAUGCGAAAAGCACCAGUUGAUUGCAGUGAUUAAAAGCAGUUGGGGGAGGGCGAAAAAAAAAGCGCGCGCUUUCCAGUCAGGAAAUUGCUCGAGUGUGUGUGUGCGUGUGUGUGGAAAAUGGAAAAUUAAAAGUCAAUACACACAGGCUCAAGUGUGUGAGUGGGUGGGUGGUUUCCCGUCGGAAAUGGGCGUUUGUGGAGGCACGCGAGCGUUGCACCCGUGAUUUGCACUCGGAAUGUAAUUGCUGAAGAAUGGUGGUGGAGAAAAAAAUUCUAAAUGGAUGUCAGUGAAUAAUUCAGCUGGAUCGAGUGUGUUUGUUGGUGGACUGAAAGGUUCUCUCAUCGAGUAAUUGAUUCUUUGGCGAACCGUUAUUGUGCAUUGUGCUGAAAGAGUCAAUUGUGCAGUUAAGAUAAGGUGAAUAAAUAACGUUGAACUUCUUCGGAAGCAUCCCACCAAGCCGUGCCCCGUCAUCAGUGCAAAUUCCGGACAAGGACGUCCCCGAGAACAGCAGCAAGCAAGCAAAAAAAAAACACGAGAAAAGGGAUUUAUUUUAAUCAACCCGGUCACAUAAAUCUGGUUUCACUUUUCCUGGCAGCAACAGCAGCAGCAGAAACAGCAUCAGGCCAAGGCAGGCAGGAUAAAUUGCACCAUGUUUGAAUAUUCAGAAGGACGUCGACAGUGACACCGGGAGCCGGCAAAAACAAAUAAGAAGAUUGCGGAAGGAAAAAAAAAUCACAAAAUAAGGACAGCCUUAAGCUCGGGCGCCUAAUGGAGCUCUAAUCAACCGUGGAGGAUUCGGGUGGGAUUUUGGGGCGUCCCUACUCUUCUGGUUCAACUUUGGUCACGUUUCCUGCUAGGAUAUUCUGUUUGAGAGUUUUUUUUCUUCUCCGGGAUAAGUAGCGUGGAAAGCGUGGAGGAGUGGGGCGAAAAAGGUGCAACCUCGGGAUCGAAAACAAAAUCAGGCAAUCUGAUUUGAUUUCCAUGUUUUGAGCUAGAGAGCGAGAGAAAACGAAAGGGAAAAAGUAAUUCCAGCCGAAAAUAGGCCGGAUGGGGCCAAAGCGAUGUGAUUGUGUUGCAAAUUUGACCGCAGGAAGUUCGUGAUAUCUGGAAUUCGAAUGUGCUCCCGAGAAUCGUCAUUUCCCGGAAUUGGAUCUUGUUCCACCUGAGGGGUUAAACGAGAAAAAUACAACUGGUGCUAAUGAAAUCGUGCGGAAAUGUCCUUUUUAAUGGUGGUUCGAAAACGGAAGAAAAAAUUUAUCAUUAAAUUUCAACGAAGCCUCUGAGCGGGGGUGGCCAGAUUAAGGAACCGCAAAGCCGCCGAAAACAUCCUUCAGGGUCAGGAUCCAGAACGCGGUGGCAUAUUAAAUCAUCCUGUGUAUGGUGCCAUUUACACCACGACGACCUUUCCAGUGUAGAGCGUAGAGUAGUGUGCGUACGUGUGAGUAUUGGUGAGCGGGGAGGGCUUAGGCCGGAAAAAAGCUAAUAGUGGUGAACAAAGAAGAGGAAGAAAAAUGGCGAUCUACGUGACAAAGCAGUAUUAUUAUUUAUGGAUCGUCAUCAGUCUCGUCGGGAUGCUGGAGCUGGGCGAGGUGGGCCGUCGAAGCGCCCUGGGAAGUGCCCUCGUCGUGCAGGCCGGUUCUGUCAUUGGCGAUGAAAAUGGUCCACUGUUUGAAGUACAAACAGCUGUCGGGCUGGACGUAUCGCUGCCGUGCGAUCUGCUGCCAACGACGAUGACGAUGAUGACCGACAAGGUGACCCUGGUCAUCUGGUACAAGGAAGGCAACAGCAAGCCCAUUUACUCAUUUGACGCCCGGGGUAAAAGUUUGCAGCAGGCGAUUCACUGGUCAGACGAGGCCGUCCUCAAGUCGAAGGCGUACUUCUACUACGAGAACAACCCGCCGGCGCUCCGGAUAAAGAACGUCAAGCAGGAGGAUGCCGGCUUGUACAGAUGUCGAGUGGAUUUUCAGAAAUCACCCACGAAAAACUGCCGGAUAGAUCUGGAUGUUCUUGUGCCUCCCUCCAAGCUGGUCAUCCUGGACGAGCAGGGGGCGGCGGUCCUGAACCAGCUGGUCGGUCCGUACCAGGAAUCGACCGACAUCAACCUGACGUGCGUAUCGAGCGGUGGUGUCCCGACGCCCAAAGUGACCUGGUGGCGGGAGCACGCCCUGCUGGACGACUCCUUUAUGAUCCUGCCGGACGGCACCGUCAAAAACGUGCUCUACCUGGAGAAGCUGAGCAGGGGCGAUCUCCACUCGAUUUUUACGUGCCAAGCAAGCAACGGACACGUGGUGCCACCACUCUCCAGUACCGUCAAGUUGGACAUGAAGUUGCCACCGCUGUUCAUCACGAUGCAGGGCCUCCGGGACACGUUGACGGCCGGCAUCAAGACGCAGGUAUCCUGUCUGACGGCCGGAAGCCGACCCGCGCCGAGCAUCUCCUGGACCAAGGGCACAUCCAUCAUCCGGGGCUCGUCGCAAACGACAUCCAACGAUGGGAACGUGACCGUGUCGGAGCUGGUGUUCGUGCCCGGACCGGAAGAUAAUGAAAAAUCAAUUACAUGCUCAAUUAGCUAUAAUGAAUUCGGCGGACCAACGAUCGUCCUCAAGGAUUCCCGCGUGUUGGACGUUAAGCAUGUACCGGUUAUUUCGCUUUCGCUCGGAGCGCCGCUCAACUCGCAGAACCUGAUGGAGGGUUCGGACGUGUACCUGGAGUGUGACAUCAAAGCGAACCCACCGGCGAAGAAGAUCGAAUGGUUCCAUAAUAACAAACUGCUUCAAUCAGCGCGCGGCAUAAUCAUCUCCAAUCAGACGCUGGUCCUGCAGAGCAUCACGAAGGCGACCCACGGCGAGUACAUGUGCAAGGCGGCCAACACACUCGGGACCGUCACCAGCAAUCAACUGUAUUUGGAUAUCAAAUAUCCACCGGUUUGCAAAUCAGAAGCACAAAUAAUACGAGCUGCUGUGAAGCAAACAGUUAACAUCACUUGCGAUAUCGACGCUAAUCCGAUGCCCAACUUGCUGUUCCGGUGGCAAUUUAAUAACUCAUUGGAAAGCAUGCUCGAGCUUCCGCCGUACUCGAACAUCGAGGCCGAAUCGCACCACCAGCUGGCACUGGCCGAGACCGAGCACGGUUCCCACGGGGACUCCUCCUCGUCUUCCCACCCUCAUCACCAUCAUCACUCAUCGCAGUCCUCCUCGUCCGGAUCCACGGGCAGCAAUCAUAAUCUGCUGGUGGGGCCCAACCUGGAGGAAAUGGUCCGCAGGAAGCUCGAACGGCAACAGCAGCCACCGAAACCGGUCCCCGUGGACGGCCAGCUGUACAUGUACCGGAUCGAGUCGUUCACCAGCUUCGGGACCGUCACCUGCACCGCCACCAACACGUACGGCCAGAGUGGCCACUGCCUGUAUCACAUCCUGGUGGCAGACGUUCCUGAUCCAAUUAAAAGUUGCACCAUAUCCAAUGUGACCGCUUACACGGUGCACGUGUCGUGCCUGGCCGGCAAGGACGGUGGCAUCCCGCAGCAGUUCCACGUGGACAUUUUCGACGAGAACACGAAGAAGCUGCUGUUCAGCAUCACGUUCAGCGGGCCCGAGAUGCUGCUGAAGAAGCUUCCCAGUGAUACCAAGUUCAUCAUGAAGAUCACACCGUUUAACCUCCAAGGCACGGCACCCACCAGCUACCGUGUGAAAGCCCAAACGUUGCCAGCGCCGUUGCUGCGUACCGCCCCAUCGAAAGCGGUCCUGGUUCAGCUGACUCCACUUCUUGGCGCGCUGGUUGGUGCCGCCAUUACGCUCUUCCUGGUGGCGAUCUGCAUCAUCAUCUUUGUCAAGUUUAAAACGAAGAAGAAGCACCAUCCGGCGACCAACACCGAGCAGGACAAGGGCAGUGCCGAACCGCUUAGCCGGAACAUUGGCAGCCACUCGAGCAUCGACGACAAAAAUCCGGACGUGAUUCCGCACGAGAACAGCGAGGACGACGACGAGAAGCAGUUCGAGCGGCUGGCGCUGGACUCGGACCGGCUUAAGUUCAGCCAGCCCCAUCCGCCGCAUCCGGUGACGGCGACGCCGGCGAUGCACUACUCGCCCACGCACCUGUCGCCAACUGGGAACGGGCUGAAAAAGCAGUUUGGCGAACUGUCGCUCACGACCAACCCGAGCUACGCGAUAUACAACUCGCCGGUGCGGAGCCCGUACGGCACCGCGGGCAACCCGUCGGGGACGACGACGACGACGACCGUGCUGCCGCCGGCGCGGACCACGUCCCCAAACAUCUACACAAGACUGCCUUUGCGUGACUUUACGCCCAACACGUACGACAGCAUGCUCAGUACGUCGCAGACGUCGUCCUCGGGUUACGCCACGUCGCAAAUUUACACCAAAAUGCCACUGCUGACGACCAAUUAUGCCGAGCAGCUGGCAUCACUGGACAAAUGACAGCAGUAAGAUGCUUCCACGUGCAACUCAACAUUAUUCUGUCAAUUCUGUGUGCAGCAGCAAAAAAAAGAGAGAAGAAGAAGAUGAAGAAUGCUUCCGGGAGGCUUCUUGCCAUUCACGUCUAAUUCGCGAGAUCGAGACAAAUUAGUUAGGGAAUCGUUAGGUAAGAGCUAUUAAACUGAUCCGAAAGUCUAAGCCGUAGUUGUGUACAUAGUUAGAGUCCCAUUUUUUUGUACAUGUAGCAUCUAAGCCUAGCUAAAUUAUUGUUGGAAAGAUGGUGAGGCAGAAUUUCAAACAUUUAUAAAUCAUUAGAGCGAUUUUACACCCAUCCGAAACUCAUCGUAGAAAAAUUUAGAGGCAAAAUUGUUGAACAGUUUCGCCUGAUUUUAUCAAAACGCCCACACGAAAUGCGUUCGUCGUCGUCGUUAUGUGAUUUUGUUUCUGUUAAAGUUCAGAAAACCAUUUUCUAGUGACUAAAUGCGGCCAUAAAACUUGUGCAAACACACAAGCAGCAGGAAAGUUAUUUGCGUUGUGUUUAUCAGCGCUCCAGCUAGUUUUAAGUCAACACCAGAUAGAGACCAGGAGAGAUAUAUCUAUCCGUGUGUUUUUAUUUACACAGGCAUCACCGGGUUUUAUUCUCCAUCAAACUCUCCUCGUUCACUUUCUGUCCACACACUGCGAAGGUGAUACGAAGGGAGAGUUUUAUCAUUGAAACUGGCCAUAUCUUGAACCCAACCGGAGGUGUGCGAUAAGUUUAAACACAUCAUGCGAAAUACAUACACACACAAACACACACCACCACAACAUUUACAUUUCUAAGCGAGAUUAUAACCGCUUGAUGUGACGCUCGCUCUUUUGAAAGGAUGGAAGAAGGAUAUAUCAAACAGAAUGCCGGAAGAAAACUAAACAGGGAAUAUAGUUCAAUAAAUACAUCACACACACACACACACACACAAAUAUCAUGCACACGGCAAACAGACGAUCUUUAUGAAGUAUAAGGAGGAAAAAAGAAACGAACGAAGAACCAAACCGCAGGCCAAGAGCAAAAGUCAAUAACCCAACCAAAAUCAUCAUAUCAUUUCAUAUCAAUUGAAUCGUAAAGCAAACAUCUACAAAUGCCAGCUGGAGGAGGGGUGGGGAGUUUGGUGGACAUUGGACUGGUUCAGAUUGUUAUUUGAAAUUUCUAUGUGAGAAAAAUAAGAAUUAAUAAAGUUAUUUUGCUUUGAUAAAUUUUACAGGUGAUCAAAUUGGCCAGCCAAAAUUCGCUUCAUUUUCAAAUCAUAACUUAAAUUUAGUACUUAUUCUAUGUCUAUAAAUUCAUCUAUCUCGUACUAAGAUAGAAAUCAUGUCUAAUUUUACACUGGAAAUUUCAAAGCGGACCAAACCUUUAUUUUUAUUUUUUUAAAUUUUUAAGGCAUCAACCAUAAAGCAUGUCACGCUCUAGG